GCCACACUUUGAUGGGACUCAAAUUUGGUUAACGACAAAUCUUGAUCUGUUCCUUUGCCAAAAAAAUCUUCAUCUGUUCCACCAACAAUGACAAAAUCAAUUAAUUUCUGGUUGCAGAUUUAAGAUGGUGACAAUGGCAAUCACUUGUUACGAUUUGAUAGAAUCUCAGCCAUGGGAGAGGCCUUGGCCUUCGAUCCUGCCUUCAUCCAACCCAUCGAACACCGGCCGGAGCUCGAACCCAUCGAUUCCGUCGACGAAGUUCCAACCAUAGACCUCUCCGUUUCCGACUCUCGCAGUAUCGAACAGCUCGUUUCGGAGAUAUCCUCUGCCUGUGAGAAGUGGGGUUUCUUCCAGGUGAUCAACCAUGGAGUUCCCGUCGAUUUGCACGCGAGACUUGAGAAAGCAGCGAAGUCGUUUUUCGAUCAAACAGUGGAGGAGAAGAGGAAGGUGAAGAGAGAUGCAGCGAAUGCCAUGGGGUUCCACGAUGCUGAGAAUACGAAAAACGUCAGGGAUUGGAAGGAGGUGUUUGAUUUCCUGAUUCGGGGUCGGACGUUGAUUCCGGCAUCGCACGAGCCAGAUGACACGAAAUUGAGGGUAUUGGCCAAUCAAUGGCCUCAAUAUCCCCCUGGGUUCAGGGAGACUUGCGAGGAGUAUGCAAAAGAGUUGGAAUUGCUAGCUCAUAAGCUACUGGGGCUGGUUUCUUUGAGUCUAGGCUUGCCGGCCGAUAGAUUGAAGGAAUAUUUCAAAGACGAUCAAUUGACCAUUGUAAGGUUGAAUCAUUAUCCUUUGUGCCCAUUUCCCGAGCUCGUGCUUGGCGUUGGCCGCCACAAGGAUCCUAGUGCCUUAACGAUCCUUGCUCAGGGCGCCGUCGGAGGGCUGCAAGUGAAGAGAAAAUCAGAUGGAGAAUGGAUUCCUGUCAAACCAAACCCAAAUGCAUAUAUUGUUAACAUUGGUGAUAUUGUUCAAGUUUGGAGCAAUGACAAAUAUGAAAGUGUGGAGCACAGGGCGGUGGUGAAUACUGAGAAGGAAAGGUUUUCCUUCCCAUUCCUUUUAUAUCCACCUCACCAUAUGAUGGUGAAGCCAUUGGAGGAGCUUGUAAAUGAGCAAAACCCUCCAAAAUACAGAGAAUACAACUGGGGGAAGUUUCUUUGCACCAGAAACCGAAGUGAUUUCAAGAAGCAACAAGUGGAAAACAUCCAGAUUCACCAUUUCAGGCUGCCUGUGUGAAAUUGGUAGGCUCUCAUCACUAUUUUCCAUUGCCUUAUGAUGAUUUCAGAACACUCUUUUAAAUAAAUUCAAUGAGAAAAAAAUGAAGAAAGAAAAGAGAGAGAGAGAAGAAAAGUGAGCUAGAUGAUCCUCACCAUGUUUUAUGCAAGUAUUGUUAAGAUGUUUAUGAAUAAUUAUGUAACAUUAUCCAUUUUCAUGAAUCUUAUCAUCUUGAACUCUGUCCAUAAUGUUUUAAUCUCAUAUUAUUAA